AUGGAGAACGAGAUUUUCACUCCCCUCCUGGAGCAGUUCAUGAGCAGCCCCUUGGUCACUUGGGUGAAAACCUUUGGACCUCUGGCCGCAGGAAAUGGGACCAACCUGGACGAAUAUGUGGCCUUGGUGGACGGGGUCUUCCUGAACCAGGUCAUGCUCCAAAUUAAUCCUAAAUUGGAGAGUCAGAGAGUAAAUAAAAAAGUCAACAAUGAUGCCUCACUAAGAAUUCAUAAUCUGUCUAUAUUGGUGAGACAGAUAAAAUUUUACUACCAGGAGACUUUGCAGCAGUUGAUCAUGAUGUCAUUGCCAAAUGUCUUAGUUAUCGGCAAGAAUCCCUUUUCUGAACAAGGCACAGAAGAAGUUAAAAAGCUGCUUUUACUUUUACUGGGCUGUGCGGUUCAGUGUCAGAAGAAAGAAGAAUUUAUUGAAAGAAUUCAAGGUUUAGAUUUUGAUACAAAAGCAGCAGUUGCCGCACAUAUUCAAGAGGUAACGCAUAAUCAAGAAAAUGUGUUUGAUCUGCAAUGGAUGGAAGUGACUGAUAUGUCUCAGGAAGACAUGGAACCACUCUUGAAAAAUAUGGCAUUGCAUCUAAAAAGGCUGAUAGAUGAGAGAGAUGAGCAUUCAGAGACCAUAAUCGAGCUCUCUGAAGAGCGGGAUGGUCUCCAUUUCCUCCCCCACGCCUCUUCAUCUGCACAGUCGCCCUGUGGCUCUCCAGGCAUGAAGCGGACAGAGAGUCGACAGCAUCUGUCAGUGGAACUGGCAGAUGCUAAGGCCAAGAUAAGAAGGCUUAGACAGGAACUGGAGGAAAAGACUGAACAGUUGCUGGAUUGUAAACAAGAACUUGAACAAAUGGAAAUUGAACUGAAAAGGCUACAGCAAGAGAACAUGAAUUUGCUUUCGGAUGCUCGUUCUGCUAGAAUGUACCGAGAUGAAUUAGAUGCACUUCGAGAGAAAGCAAUCAGAGUUGACAAGCUUGAAAGUGAAGUCAGCAGAUACAAAGAGAGGUUACAUGAUAUUGAAUUUUAUAAGGCAAGAGUUGAGGAAUUAAAAGAAGACAAUCAAGUGUUAUUAGAAACAAAAACCAUGUUGGAAGACCAACUAGAAGGAACUCGAGCUCGUUCUGAUAAAUUACAUGAAUUGGAGAAGGAAAAUUUACAACUCAAGGCUAAACUUCAUGAUAUGGAAAUGGAACGUGAUAUGGAUAGGAAAAAAAUUGAAGAACUAAUGGAAGAAAAUAUGACUUUGGAAAUGGCACAAAAGCAGAGCAUGGAUGAAUCAUUGCAUCUUGGCUGGGAGCUAGAACAGAUAUCCAGAACCAGUGAACUUUCGGAAGCACCACAGAAAUCCUUGGGCCAUGAAGUAAAUGAGUUGACAUCAAGUAGGUUAUUGAAAUUGGAGAUGGAAAACCAGAGUUUGUCAAAAACUGUUGAAGAGCUUCGGAGUACUAUGGGUUCUGUAGAAGGCAAUGCUUCUAAAAUUCUGAAAAUUGAAAAAGAAAAUCAAAGACUAAACAAAAAGGUUGAAAUUCUUGAAAAUGAAAUUAUUCAAGAAAAACAAAGUCUUCAGAAUUGUCAGAAUUUAAGCAAGGAUCUAAUGAAGGAGAAAGCUCAGCUUGAAAAAACAAUAGAAACUCUUAGAGAGAAUUCAGAGAGACAGGUGAAAAUAUUAGAACAGGAAAAUGAACAUCUGAACCAAACUGUGGCUUCUCUAAGGCAGCGCUCCCAGAUAAGUGCUGAAGCAAGGGUGAAAGACAUCGAAAAAGAGAACAAAAUUCUCCAUGAGUCUAUCAAGGAAACAAGUAGCAAGUUAAGCAAGAUUGAAUUUGAGAAAAGACAAAUUAGAAAAGAAUUGGAGCAUUAUAAAGAAAAAGGAGAACGAUCAGAAGAACUGGAGAAUGAAUUAAAUCAUCUUGAAAAAGAAAAUGAAUCACUACAGAAAAAGAUAACUAAUUUAAAGAUCACGUGUGAGAAGAUUGAGUCCUUAGAACAGGAAAACUCAGAGCUAGAAAGAGAAAAUAGAAAAUUAAAAAAAACAUUGGAUAGCUUUAAAAAUCUUACUUUUCAGUUAGAAUCCCUAGAAAAAGAGAACUCUCAACUUGAUGAGGAAAACUUGGAAUUGAGAAGGAAUGUGGAAUCCUUGAAGUGUGCAAGCAUGAAGAUGGCCCAGCUCCAACUAGAAAAUAAAGAAUUAGAAAGUGAAAAAGAGCAACUUAAGAAGGGCCUGGAGCUCAUGAAAGCAUCCUUCAAGAAGACAGAACGCUUAGAAGUUAGCUACCAGGGUUUAGAUACAGAAAAUCAAAGGCUCCAAAAGGCACUAGAGAACAGCAAUAAAAAAAUUCAGCAGUUAGAGAGUGAGCUACAAGAUUUAGAGAUGGAAAAUCAGACGUUGCAGAAGAAUCUAGAAGAGUUAAAAAUAUCCAGCAAAAGACUAGAGCAACUCGAAAAAGAAAACAAAUCAUUGGAGCAGGAGACCUCUCAACUGGAAAAGGAUAAGAAACAGCUGGAGAAAGAAAACAAGAGGCUCCGACAGCAAGCCGAGAUAAAGGACACCACCCUGGAAGAAAAUAAUGUGAAAAUUCUAAGUUUAGAGAAAGAAAACAAAACCCUGUUCAAGGAAAUUGGUGCAUAUAAAGAAUCCUGCAUUCGCCUAAAGGAGUUAGAGAAGGAAAAUAAGGAGCUUGUGAAAAGAGCAACUAUUGAUGUAAAAACUUUGGUUACUUUACGUGAGGAUUUAGUGAGUGAAAAAUUGAAGACUCAGCAAAUGAACAAUGAUCUUGAAAAACUAACUCAUGAGCUUGAAAAGAUAGGAUUAAAUAAAGAGCGACUCUUACAUGAUGAGCAGAGUACUGAUGACAGGUACAAACUUUUGGAGUCAAAACUAGAAUCUACUCUUAAGAAGUCUCUUGAAAUAAAAGAAGAAAAAAUUGCUGCUUUAGAAGCUCGAUUGGAAGAAUCUACAAAUUAUAACCAGCAAUUGCGCCAAGAACUUAAAACAGUGAAAAAAAAUUAUGAAGCUCUUAAACAGAGACAAGAUGAAGAAAAGAUGGUACAGAGCUCUCCUCCAGUAUCUGGUGCAGAUAACAAAUGGGAACGGGAGAGUCAGGAAACGACCAGGGAGCUUCUGAAAGUUAAAGACAGACUGAUUGAAGUGGAAAGAAAUAAUGCCACGCUGCAAGCCGAGAAGCAAGCAUUGAAAACUCAACUCAAGCAACUGGAGACCCAGAACAACAACUUGCAGGCUCAGAUUCUUGCCCUUCAGAGACAGACGGUGUCGUUACAGGAGCAGAAUACCACUCUGCAGACACAGAACGCCAACCUUCAGGUGGAGAAUUCCACCCUUAAUUCUCAGAGUACCUCGCUUAUGAAUCAGAAUGCGCAGCUCCAGAUCCAGCAGUCCUCCUUGGAAAAUGAGAAUGAGUCUGUAAUUAAGGAAAGAGAAGACCUGAAAUCUCUCUACGAUUCUCUGCUCAAAGAUCAUGAAAAGCUGGAGCUGCUUCAUGAACGGCAGGCUUCAGAGUAUGAAUCUCUUAUCGCUAAACAUGGGACCCUCAAGUGUGCCCACAAGAACCUUGAGGUGGAACAUAAAGACCUUGAAGAUCGUUACAAUCAGUUGUUAAAACAAAAAGGACAAUUAGAAGACUUGGAAAAAAUGCUCAAAGUGGAGCAGGAGAAAAUGCUGCUUGAAAACAAAAACCAUGAGACAGUAGCCGCAGAAUACAGGAAACUGUGUGGUGAAAAUGAUAGGUUGAAUAAUACGUAUAGCCAGCUUUUGAAAGAGACUGAAGUUUUACAAACUGACCAUAAAAAUUUGAAGAGUCUUCUAAACAAUUCUAAACUGGAACAAACAAGAUUAGAGGCUGAAUUUUCAAAGCUAAAGGAACAAUACCAACAGCUGGACAUCACUUCUACAAAAUUGAAUAACCAGUGUGAGUUGCUAAGCCAACUUAAAGGAAACUUAGAGGAAGAAAAUCGGCAUCUGCUGGAUCAAAUUCAGACAUUAAUGCUACAGAACCGAACGUUAUUGGAGCAGAAUAUGGAAAGCAAAGACCUUUUUCACGUUGAGCAACGACAGUACAUUGAUAAGUUAAAUGAAUUAAGAAGACAAAAAGAGAAAUUAGAAGAGAAAAUUAUGGAUCAGUACAAAUUUUAUGACCCAUCACCUCCUAGAAGGAGAGGCAACUGGAUUACCUUAAAAAUGAGAAAAUUGAUAAAAUCCAAGAAAGAUCUUAAUCGGGAACGACAGAAAUCUUUAACACUCACCCCAACGCGCUCGGACUCCAGUGAAGGCUUCCUUCAGCUCCCCCAUCAGGACAGUCAAGACAGUUCUUCAGUCGGUUCCAACUCCUUAGAGGACGGGCAGAGCGUGGGCGCCAAGAAGAGCAGCAUGGUUGCACUGAAAAGACUGCCCUUUUUGAGGAACAGACCGAAGGAUAAAGACAAAAUGAAGGCCUGCUACCGUCGUUCCAUGUCCAUGAAUGACCUGGUGCAGUCCAUGGUCCUAGCAGGAGGACAGUGGACAGGUAGUUCUGAGAAUUUGGAGGUUCCUGAUGAUAUUCCAACGGGUAAAAGGAGGAAAGAAUUGGGAGCUAUGGCCUUCUCUACUACAGCCAUCAACUUUUCAACUGUCAACUCUUCUGCAGGCUUCAGAUCCAAGCAGUUGGUUAAUAAUAAAGAUACUACAUCCUUUGAAGACAUAAGUCCACAAGGUAUUAGUGAUGAUUCUAGUACGGGAUCAAGAGUUCAUGCUUCAAGACCAGCCAGCCUCGAUAGUGGCAGAACAUCCACUAGCAAUAGCAAUAAUAAUGCUUCACUUCAUGAAGUCAAAGCAGGUGCAGUUACUAGCCAGAGCAGGCCCCAGAGCCACAGCAGUGGAGAAUUUAGCCUGUUCCAUGAUCAUGAGACGUGGUCCAGCAGUGGUAGCAGUCCGAUCCAGUACCUGAAGAGGCAGACCAGAUCAAGCCCAAUGCUCCAGCACAAAAUGCCUGAAACGGUAGAGAGUCGGACACAUCACAAGGUCAAAACUGGCUCCCCCGGGAGUGAAGUGGUCACUCUGCAGCAGUUCUUGGAAGAAAGUAACAAGCUUACCUCAGUACAGAUAAAGUCCUCAAGUCAAGAUAAUCUUUUAGACGAAGUAAUGAAAAGUUUGUCUGUCUCUUCUGACUUUCUGGGAAAGGACAAGCCAGUUAGCUGUGGUUUGGCCAGGUCAGUAAGUGGAAGAACUCCAGGGGACUUCCAUGACAGACGGACAGCUAAGCCUGAACCAUUUGUGAGGCCUUGUUCUCGAAAGACUGAAGAUACUCACUUCAUCAGCCCUUCAGGAAAAUCAGCAUCAGGGCCUCAAGGAAAGUUAAAACUAGUAAAAGAAACUUCUCUGUCAAGACAAUCAAAAGACAGUAAUCCUUAUGCUACUUUACCUCGUGCGAGCAGCGUGAUCUCCACUGCUGAAGGGACCACCCGAAGGACAAGCGUCCACGACCUUUUGACCAAGGACAGUAGGCUGCCUGUGUCAGCUGACUCAGCACCAGCUCCAGCUGAUGGCAGCAUCUCGACAGCAUCUAAUGUGGACACAGUACAAGAAAGCAGAAUUUCAAAAAGCAGGUCUAGGGAGCAACAAAGCUCCUAAUUCUUUUACCCACUACAUGACAUGUGGGCGAAGUGAGAGAAAAGUGUCCUUCAGUUUCUCAGUAUGAAGCCUUUAAUUCUGAAGUAACAAGACAGCCAACUAUAGGAGUCAUUUUUUAAAAUCUUUUAAAGGAGACUUUUAACAAUCCUUCGUGAAUAGAGCAGGCAAGAAUGCAAACCUUCAUUCCUUCCUUGAAUCAAGGAGCACUACUGGAAUCAGCUGCC